AUGGUUGACAUCGUCCCCGUCUCCUCGUAUCCCUCACACAUCUCCCUUCUCCCCUCGAUCCAACAAUGUAACCUCAGCAACCUCCCAGAGAACUACUUCCUAAAAUACUACAUCUACCACGCCCUGACAUGGCCUCAACUCUCCUUUGUCGCGGUCGUACGCGGUCCCGGUUCGAAACCACCCAAAUACCCCAAGGUGGUCGGCUACGUGCUCGCAAAGAUGGAAGAAGACCCGCCUGACGGGGUGCAGCAUGGGCAUAUUACCAGUCUAAGUGUCAUGCGCACUCAUCGGCGGCUAGGCAUAGCGGAGAAACUCAUGAGGAUGAGCCAGAGGGCCAUGGCCGAGGUGUUCAAUGCCGAGUAUGUCAGCUUGCACGUGAGGAUGUCGAAUACGGCGGCGCUGCAUCUCUAUCGGGAUACGUUGCGCUUUGAGGUGGAAAAGGUGGAGAGCAAAUACUACGGCGACGGAGAGGAUGCUUAUGCAAUGAGAAUGGAUCUUCGACCGUUGCAGAUCAAGCACGUGCCGGAGGCGGACGACGAAGACGAAGGCGACGGAGUAGGCAGUUUUGGCAAGAAGGGCGAGGAGGCCGAAGUCAACGGUGAGGCUGGCAAGACGGAGAAAAUGGUCAAGGUAAAGGUCGGGAGGGGCCUGGGAGUGGGCGAGCUGGUGGAGAGGAACGAAGGCUCGACAAGUGCGCGGUACUGA